AUGCAUGGAUCAUUAUGUUCGGAUGCUGCUUGUUGCAGUUAUCUGGCAUUAGUGGCCGCUCUGGCGAGCGAAGCUGAUCAAGUAUUCAUUCCUGAAGACCCUGUUCCCAAUAAUUGGGUUGAAAAGCUUUGCAAAAGAUUACAGCAGGAAAGAAAGUCGGGACAGCGUCUUAACAUCAUCAUAGUAGCGGAGGGUGCUAUUGAUCGUGAAGGAAAGCCGAUCACCGCCGAGCUAGUAAAGAAAGUCGUUGUGGAAAAUCUUCAACAGGAUACUCGCAUCACUGUUCUGGGUCACGUUCAGCGAGGUGGCUCACCUUCCGCCUUUGACAGGAUUUUGGGUUGCCGUAUGGGAGCAGAGGCUGUGAUGGCACUGAUGGAAGCAACUCCCGAAACGGAGUCGUGUGUCGUGUCUUUGGACGGCAACCAAGCUGUACGUUUGCCGCUUAUGGAGUGUGUACGCCGUACUAAAGCUGUUUCUCAGGCGAUGGCGGAUAAGAAUUUCGACCUUGCGGUACAACUGCGCGGUCGCAGUUUUGCUCGCAACUUAGAGACGUACAAAAUGCUGACACGUUUGAAGCCACCUAAGGGAGCUUUCGAUGAAUCUGGUAAACCUUCCGAAGGAUAUACACUGGCGGUGAUGCAUGUUGGUGCGCCGGCUUGUGGCAUGAACGCGGCCGUGCGCUCGUUCGUGCGAAACUGUAUCUACCGUGGUGAUACUGUCCUGGGCAUACACGACGGUAUGGAGGGAUUUAUCAGUGGAAACAUUGUCAAAAUGGAUUGGUCGGAUGUUACUGGUUGGGUGGCACAAGGUGGUGCCUUCUUAGGAACAAAACGCACAUUGCCUGGCGAUAAAAAAGGAGAAAUCGCUGCACGUAUUAAGCAAUUCAAUAUUCAAGGCCUACUUAUUAUCGGUGGUUUCGAGGCGUAUCAAGCAGGCUUAGAGCUUUACGAGUCCCGCUCGCAGUUCCCCGAGUUCUGCAUACCACUGGUAGUGAUCCCUUCGACUAUCAGUAACAACGUGCCCGGGACAGACUUCUCACUCGGCGCUGAUACGGCUUUGAAUGAAAUCACCGAAAUUUGCGACCGUAUUAGACAGUCCGCACAGGGAACUAAGCGUCGUGUCUUCGUGAUAGAGACGAUGGGAGGCUAUUGCGGUUACUUAGCUACCUUGGCUGGUUUGGCUGGCGGUGCCGACGCAGCGUACAUUUACGAAGAGAAAUUCUCUAUUAAGGAUCUGCAGCAAGACGUGUACCACAUGGCAUCGAAGAUGACUGGCGGCAUACAGCGGGGUCUCAUCCUCCGUAAUGAAAAAGCUAACGACAACUAUAACACAGAGUUCAUUUACCGUUUGUACUCGGAGGAGGGGAAGGGCCUCUUCACUGCUAGAAUGAAUGUUCUUGGUCACAUGCAGCAAGGUGGUUCACCGACACCUUUCGAUCGCAACAUGGGCACCAAGAUGGCGGCCAAAUGCCUGCACUGGCUAGUCGAAAACAUUCAGAAGGGGUCAGCCAACACACCUGACUCUGCCUGCUUGCUCGGAGUAGUUAAACGUCAAUACAAGUUUACACCACUUGAAGAUCUAAAAUCGCAAACUAACUUUGCGCAGAGAGUGCCCAAACAGCAAUGGUGGAUGAAAUUGCGUCCCUUGCUCCGUAUUUUGGCUAAGCACGACUCUACUUACGAAGAAGAGGGCAUGUACAUGACGGUCGAACAAGGAGAAAUUGACUCUGAAAACGUCAUAUAA